GUAUAAAUUGCUUCUUGGAGCCACAAGGGAAUCAGACGCUACUACUUGCCAACCAAACCUAGAGAAACAUGGCAAUGGGGGUCAUGAUCUUGCAGGGGUCACUUGUAGCCGUCCUGAUGAUCGCCAUGGCGAGGGCUCAGGACGAGGCCACACUGCUUGCUUUCAAAGAACAGGUCAGUGACAGUGGCUCGCUGGUCUCUUGGAACAGCAGUGCCGACUUCUGCAGCUGGGAAGGAGUGACAUGCAGUCAUCGAAGGCCCGCGCGGGUGGUGGCGCUGAUCUUGCACAGCAGGGCCCUCGCUGGAGCACUCUCCACAGCCCUUGGGAACCUCACGUUCCUGAGGACACUCAACCUGAGCUUCAACUGGCUCCGUGGGGAGAUUCCAGCGAGCCUCGGCCGGCUCCAACACUUGCAGACGCUCGACCUGGGUUACAACUCCUUCUCUGGUAUGCUUCCUCUGAACCUGAGCUCUUGCGUCGGAAUGACCAUCAUGGCACUAGACAGCAACAAUCUUGAUGGGGGCAUUCCGGCUGAGCUUGGCGAAAGGCUCACGUCACUGAAAGAGAUCUCGCUGAGUAACAACAGCCUCACAGGGCCCAUCCCUGCAUCCCUGACCAAUUUGUCCCAUCUGCAAAACCUUGAUCUUUCCAAUAACCAGCUCAUGGGCUCAAUCCCACAAGGGAUCGGCAGCAUCCAGAGCAUGAAGCGGAUCAUACUUUACAUGAAUGACCUAUCUGGUAUGCUUCCACCUUCUCUCUACAACUUGUCGUCGCUGGAAAAGCUUCAAUUGCGGGGAAAUAUGUUGUUUGGAACAAUUCCUGCUGAUAUCAGCAACAAGUUUCCAAAGAUGCAAAUUCUUAACUUGAAUGCUAACUACUUCACGGGAGCUGUCCCAUCCUCAGUAUCCAAUCUAUCUUAUAUAAGAGAACUUCUACUCGGGACCAAUGAAUUUAGUGGGUAUGUGCCUCCCACUUUGGGGAUGCUUGGAACCCUUCAAAUUCUGGACUUGGCAUACAAUAGGCUUGAAGUGAAUGACAACAAAGGGUGGGAAUUCAUUACUUCUUUGGCAAACUGCAGCCAGCUGAGGUACUUGGUACUUGGUGGCUCCUCUUUUGGAGGACAACUACCGGGUUCAAUUGUGAACCUCUCAACAACUCUCCAGAAGUUAUACAUAAUAGAUAGUAGGGUCUCUGGGGGAAUUCCUGCAGACAUUGGCAAUUUGGUUGGUCUCAACAUGCUUGCCAUAGCAAAUACUUCCAUAUCCGGAGUGAUUCCAGAGAGUAUUGGUAAACUAGAAAACUUGAUUGAGCUAGCCUUGUAUAACAGUAGCUUGUCUGGCCACAUACCGUCAUCACUAGGGAACCUUUCACAGUUAAACAAGCUUCUAGCAUUCUGUGACAACUUGGAAGGACCCAUUCCGGCAAGCUUGGGGGAGUUGAAAAAACUCUAUGUACUUGAUUUGUCAACAAAUUACAGACUUAAUGGUUCAAUACCUAGUGAGAUUUUGAGAUUACCUGGACUUUCUUGGUACUUGGACUUGUCAUACAAUUCCUUAACUGGACCCCUUUCUCAUGAAGUUGGUAGCUUGGCAAACCUUAACCAACUGAUUCUAUCAGGAAACCAGUUGUCUGGCAAGAUACCCGACAGUAUUCAGAACUGCGUUGUGUUGGAAUGGCUUUUGUUAGACAAUAACUCCUUUGACGGAAGCAUACCUCAGUCACUGAAGAAUAUAAAGGGGCUCGGUAAACUUAACCUGACCAUGAAUAAGUUCUCUGGCAAUAUUCCUGAUGCCCUUGGAAGUAUUGGAAACCUUCAGGAAUUAUACCUAGCACACAACAACUUGUCAGGAUCAAUCCCAUUAGUUCUACAGAAUUUGACAUCGUUAUCCAAACUGGAUGUAUCCUUCAAUGGUUUGCAAGGCGGGGUGCCAGAUGGAGGCGUUUUCAGAAACAUCACUUACAUAGCAGUUGCUGGCAAUAUUAAUCUGUGCGGUGGUGUACCUCAACUUCACUUGGCUCCAUGCCUCACAGGCCCCUUAAGCAAGGACAAAAAAAGGAUGCGAAAGUCUCUUGUAGUUUCUCUAGCAGCAAUUGGAGCAAUCUUCUUGUCACUUUCAGUUAUUCUUCUUGUUUGGAUAUUUCACAAGAAGCUCAAACAAGGCCAUAAGACGAUAGUGCAAUAUUCAAUCGGUGAGGACCAUUACGAGAGAAUCUCCUAUCAUGCACUAUUGCGAGGAACUAACGGUUUUUCAGAUGAUAAUUUCCUUGGCAAAGGAAGUUAUGGUACAGUUUAUAAAUGUGUCUUGGACAAUGAGGGAAGAACCCUGGCUGUCAAGGUGUUUGACCUUGGUCAAUCCAGGUAUUCCAAGAGCUUUGAGGCUGAAUGCGAGGCCGUGAGAAGGAUACGUCACCAUUAUCUCCUAAAGAUCAUUACUUCUUGUUCAAGCAUCAACCACCAAGGUCAAGAGUUCAAGGCAUUAGUUUUUGAGUUCAUGCCCAAUGGCAAUUUGGAUGGUUGGCUUCACCCAAAAUCUCAAGAGCCAAGUGCAAAUAACACAGUCAGCUUUGUCCAGAGGCUUGAGAUUGCUGUCAAUAUUGUGGACGCAGUAGAAUAUCUCCACAACUACUGUCAACCAUUGGUAAUCCAUUGUGAUCUGAAGCCAAGCAACAUUCUUCUUGCUGACGACAUGAGCGCCCGAGUUGGAGACUUUGGCAUAUCAAGGAUCAUUCAAGAAAAUACAAGUGAGAUGAUGCAAAACUCGUAUAGCUCAAUGGGAAUUAGAGGUUCCAUAGGCUAUGUUGCUCCAGAGUAUGGAGAAGGCUCUGCGGUCUCACCUCCUGGUGAUAUUUACAGUCUUGGCAUAUUGCUGCUUGAGAUGUUCACCGGAAGAAGCCCAACUGAGGACACAUUUAGAGAUUCAUUGGGUCUGCACAAGUUUUGCGAGGAUGCUCUUCAAGAUAGAACGUUGGAGAUAGCUGACCCAUCAAUAUGGCUGCACGGAGAACAAUGUGAUAACGUUACUACUAGAAUCCAUGAGUGUUUGGUUUCUGUCUUCAGGCUUGGCAUAUCCUGUUCAAAGCAACAGCCCCGAGACAGAACAUUGACAAGAGAUGCAGCGGCAGAGAUGCAUGCAAUCAGAGAUGCAUACAUUACCUUUGUUGCUAACUCAUAG